AUGGCUUCACAAGAGGAAAAUCAAGCUCAGCCCUUUGCAGACAUCUUUGAUGAAGAUGAAGCUGAAAAAUCCUUUCUGUUGUCCAAGCCCACUUGCUUAAUUAUCCUUGGAAAGCCAGGUUCUGGAAAGAAAACAUUAGCUAGAAAACUAGCCCAAAUAUGGAAAUGCGUUUUCAUAGAAGCUUUGGAAGUAAUUCAAACAAAUAUUCAUGAAGAAACAGAAUAUGGGCUUAAGUGUCAAGAAUUGCUUUUUAAAGGUCAAAGUAUUUCUGAAGAACUGGUUACAGAAAUGAUUCUGAAAAAGAUUGAGUCACCAGAAGUUGCUCAUUUUGGUUAUGUUCUCAGUGGAUUUCCUUCUCUCUCAGAGGAAUACCUGACUGUUUCGCAGCAAAUAGAGAAAAUAAAGACUCUAAAAUUAAAACCAGAUUUCCUGAUUAACAUUAAGUGUUCAGAUUAUGACUUAUGCCAAAGAAUAUCAGGACAAAGGCAACACCCUGAUUCAGGGCAGGUGUAUCAGAGGAACCAGUGGGAUCCUAACAUUAUUGAAAAGCAUAAGAAAGAGAAAGAUCAGUAUGAAGAAGAGGAUGAAGAAGAUGAUGAAGAGCAGGAAGAAGAAGAGACUGCAGAAGAUCCACUUAUGAUGUCAGAAUUUUUGCAUCAAUUAGUGCAGAGGCCUGAAGAUAUUCUUGAAAAUGCAGAAGAAAGAGUUGGAAUGUAUAAGGAUAUAAUGCUUCACCCUUUAGAAGACUUGAUGGCUGAACAGGAUUGUCAAUAUCUUAUUGAACUGGAUGGAAAUCAGCAACCAGAUGAUCUCUUUGUAUCAGUGGUAGUUCGACUUCAAUCUCUGGGUGUUCGAAAUGGAGCUCCUAUAACUAGACUUCAAAGUCAGCAAGAAGAAAUGCUGGAGGGACUGGGAAAUGAUGAACUUUUCCGGGUUCUGUCAUCUUACAAACUAAUAGCACACAGAUAUCGAUGGCGUAGAAGCAGGUGGGGACAAGCAUGUCCUGUGGCUCUAAAGGAAGGUGAUCUUGUAAUGGGAAACCCAGACUUGGCUGUCAGUUUUCUAGGUAAAAUGUACGUACUGUCAUCCCCAGAGGCACUGAAAACAUUUAUGUUGAAUCCACGGCCAUACCUGUUACCACCAAUGCCACUUCCUCCUUGUAAAGUACUAGUAUUUGGUCCUCCAUUCUCUGGAAGAACAACUAUUUGUAACCUUAUUGCACACAAAUAUAAAGGAAAGGUUCUUGAUAUGGCCAAACUCAUUCAACCCCAUGUGGAAGAAUCAAGAAAAGAAAACAUUGAGCAAGUGCAAAGGGAUACAGUAGAAAAGGCUAUAACAGCAGUGAAAAAUAGGUUGGAAUUAGAAAAACAGUCAACAGAACCAGGAGACUUGCAAGAACAUAGUAGUGUCAAAGAAGCAGAUAAUUCUGAAGAAAUCACUAAAACCAGAGAGGGAAUAAACUUGGAAGAGGGGACUGCUAUAAAAUCUGCCAUCAUCCAAAAAAGAACGGCAGAGGUAACUGCUGACCACCCAGAAGUUCAAGCGAUGGUAGAAGAAGCCAUAAAAAGUGCAUCAGUCUCUGAAGUUACACUGUCACCUGAAAUAUAUGCUGAAGUACUGGAGAGAGCUAUUGCAGAGCUUAUGAAGAAGAACAAAGACAGGUUUCCUGGUGCUCCAGAAAAAGGAGGAUGGGUAGUGGAUAACUACCCUCUAUCAGUAGAUCAUUGGUCAGCGUUAUCAGAAAAAGGACUUUUACCUGACACUGUUGUGUGUCUGAAGGAUACAGAAAAAGAUGGAGUCUGUAUACUACGCAGAACAUACUUAGCGAAUAGAGAUGAAAUUAAUUCUAAGAUUUUGAAAAGACUAACAGAUGAAGCAUUACAAAAGAAAGAAGAAGAAGCAUUACAAAAGAAAGAAGAAGAAGAAGUAAGAAGAGAAAUGCAAGAAAUACUGACAUCAGAGGAAGAUCAAUCUCUAGAGGCUGCUGAGGAGAAAGAAUUUGAGGACGAUGAUGAGCAGCCUCCACCUGAAACUGAACAAAUGCCCCAGAAACAGUCCAGUGACUCUGCAGUUUAUAAAGAAGAAUCUAAACCUACAGAAAUCAUACUACCUGAGUUUGCAGAGGAUGAUUUUCCAGAUAUACCAGAAAUGGAAGUAAUUAAAAGGAAGAUUGACCUUUUCAUGCAUGACUGGCAAACAGUGGAGUCAGAAAUCAAGCAGUCGUCUCUAGUUCAGGGUGUUGUUUUAGAGAUUGCUCAGCAAACUCCAGAAAGUCUGCUUAAUCAAACUGUGCUGGUUAUGGAAAAACCUUUUAAAUAUCAUGGUUGGGAAUUAUCUGCUGAAGACUUAGAUGAGGAAGCAGAAGAUCUGGCUGCUGAAGGGGAAGAUGAAGAAGAAGUUGAAGAAGAGGAAAAUGAAGAUGAAGAAGCUCCUCCUUUACGGGUGUGCUUACUUGGGACACAUGGAACAGGUAAAACUACUUGUGCACGACAGAUAGCAGACAAAUUAGGCAUUUUCCAUAUUCAGUUUGAAGAAUAUCUACAGGAAUUGAUCUUACCCAAAACUAAACAGAAAGUUGGGCCCAAUUUUGAUGAAGAAGCUGAAGAAGAUGACAAUAAAAUGCCAAUUCUAUCACAGGAACUGGACAACUUCUCUCAGACCAUGACUAAAACUGAGACUGAAAAAAGCAAACAGGAAGUGGAGUUAACUGAUGAAGAAGAAGCAAUCAAAGCAAAUCUAAUGCAUAAUGAGGCGCUGCCUCCAGAAGUCCUUGAUAACAUUGUUCUUGACUGGUGGAGGAAAGAGCCAUUCCGGUCCACAGGAUUUAUACUGGAUGGUUUCCCUCGUACUUUAGAUGAAGCCCAGUAUUUGUCAGAACGAGGACUCUGUCCUGAUGUUGCAGUUUAUAUUCAAGUAGAAGAAAGUGACAUUCUUGACCGUCUUUUUCCUCCACGUCUGAAAAAAUGGAAAGAAAGACAGUAUAAAAAAAUGGAAAAUAAAAAGAAACUGAAAGACCUGAAAGCAAAAAUAAGGGAUGAGAGGAUUGCUAGAAGAAGGGAAGAACUUUUAGCAGGAAAAAAACAAAAGAAACAGGAGGCUUUAGCAAAUAAGGAGCAUUAUGAAGCCACUGAGGAGGAAGAUGAGAAUGAAAAUGAAGAUGUUGAAGCUAUACUUGAAGAAGAGUUUUUAGAAGAAGAAGAAGAAGAGGGUGAAGAAGAACAGGAGAUUGAUGCUAUUGACCGCAUACAAAAUGAAAUUGCAGAAAAGUUUGAUUCAGAAAUAGACAGUUUACAAGGUGUACAGGAAGAACUUGAAAAAUUGUUAAUACCACAAAUCAAGAUCAAUGGAGGACGGAAGCCUCACAUCGUACGCUACCAAAUAUAUAGCAAGCUGAAUUCUCUAAUGGAAAAUCGUGGAAGCAUUUUUGAGAAAUGUUACCCAAUAAGUUUGCCACUUGCACAUAAGAUGCUAGUUUUCUCAUACAAAUUUCCAAGUUCUUUUGGUCAGUGGGAUCCAAUCAAGCUAAGUGAAGGAGAUGUAAUCAAGCCACAACAAAGCCAUGAAAACACAGUCUUUCCUGUAAUCCAUCGACAAUAUAUUUAUUUCUUUUCAAGUAAAGAAAAUAAAGAAACAUUUAUGAAAAAUCCCAUCAAAUAUAUUCGUCAGCCAAAACCUAAACCAGCUGUGCCAGUUAAGAUUGCAAUUGUGGGACCUCCAAAAUCUGGAAAGACUACAGUUGCCAAGAAAUUUGCAAGUGUAUAUGGGUUACUGCGCCUGAGUAUGGGAGAUGCCAUACGGCUAGUGUUAAACAAUCAGCCAGAGACUGAGUUGGCACUUACGUUGAAGUGGCAUCUUCACAAAGGACUGACGGUUCCUGAUGAACUGGCCAUCCAGGCUCUAGAUGUGGCUCUGAUGAAUCACGUGUGUAAUACUACCGGAGUUGUAAUUGAUGGAUAUCCUGUAACAAGAAAACAAGUAAACCUCUUGGAAUCAGCUAGGAUCAUUCCAGUGAAAAUCUUUGAAUUAGAAAUGGAUGCAAAGGAAGUGUUCAGAAGAGCACUGCUGGAUAAGGAAAGCACGAAUAGACUUCCCUACCCUGAACAUGACAGCUCACAGAUUCUAGCUAUUAAAAAUUCCUGCUAUAAACAGCACAUUGAUGCAAUUAGGACUUACUAUAUGAAGGAGCAUCAGAACUGGUGUGUGAUUGAUGCCUUUCAGAGCAAGUGGUGGAUCUGGAACAAAGUACUGCAGGAAGUUCAAGUGGUUGUUAAAGAAAUCCAGAUAUACCUGGAAAGAGUAAGAGAAGGAAAAGCAGCCGGCAUUGCUGAUUUAUGUAUCACUCCCGAAGAGCUGCAGUAUCGGCUGGGGGAGUUUGGACAGUACUGUCCCGUCAGCCUUGCAGAAAAGGGUGAAUUGGUUGACUGCUCUGCAACGUCGUCAUUGCAGUUUGCUGCAGAAUUUCGAGGACACUAUUACAAAAUGGCUUCACAGGAAGAACUGGACAAAUUCUUGAGCAGACCAGAGGUUUAUGUGCCACCACUGGCACCUCACACUCUCCCAUCCCCAGAUAUGCUACCAAAGAAACUGACUGCAGCAGAAGUGAAGGCCUUAUUCCCUGCAAGUGCUGAAAUGCAGGGAUACUGUCCAGUCACUUACCUAGAUGGAAAACAGAGGUAUGAAGCGUUGGUGCCUGGCAACAUAGAGUAUGCAGCAAAAUAUCACAAUAAGGUAUAUAUUUUUGAAAGUGAAGAAAAACUGCUGAAGUUUAUGAGAUUACCAGAGAAGUACUGGAACCUGAAGCUUCCACGUAAACUCCCUCCAAUAAAGGAGCCAAAACUACUCACUGCACUUCCUUUGGCUGGAUACCUUGAACAGGGAGUAGCAACUUCUCUAAUAAAAGCUCUGAAUGAAGUAGGCUGCUUGAAGCCAAAGUUUCCAUUCCUAAGUGUAAAAAAAACUGCUCUGCUGUUUGUCGCCUGCCAUUUAAAAGCGCACAACCCCCGGAGCCCGGAGCCGGCGCGGCAGAGGCACCGGCGGAGGCUGGCGCGGUUCACGGAGCACUGCCAGCUCCUCCCCUACCUGGGCAGCCCGGGGCCGUGCUCUCUUGCCCGGGGUCAGCCCCAGAGCGCGCGUGUUGCUCCUGAGCCCCUCCGCAGCCCGUCAGCGCAGGGGCUGGAGCUGCCUUCCCCCGGUACACAGCCGUACUCUAGUAGUAUCGACGUCGCUUUUCUCUUACGUGAGCAGGCCGGUUUGGAUUUUGCAGUCAAAAUAGUAACGAUGUCACCUCGUGAUCGAAUAGCAAGGUGCUUCAUGUGA